AUGGGUUCAUUUAAGGACCCUCUGUGUGGAUUUGUGCUUAUUUAUGAGAAUUGCAUUCAGCUACCCUUUGCAUAUAAUCCUCAUGGCUCUUUUUAUGUGUUUUGUAUCAAUUUCUCAUUUUGCUUUCGCAGUGCUAGCUUGUGUGGCGUUGUGACUUUUUUUGGGUCUCUAAUUGUAAUUCUGUUUCAGGAGAAGCAGAAGGAGAAAAGGAAUAAAAAGGAUAAGAAGGGCAAAGAAAAGAGAGAAGGUAAAGAAAAGAAGGACAAAGAGAGAAGUAAGGAAAAACAUAGUGACAAGAAAGACCGAAAGGAAAAGCACAAAGACAAGGACAGGGAUAGGGAUAAAGAAAAAAAGGGGACCUCGGAUGAGAAGAGAGUUGCAGGGCAGCCGGAUAGCUAUAAAGGAGAGAAGCUUGUUCCAAACAAUCUUCAGAAUGUUGAGGUUAAGGAUGCUAAAUAUGUGCAGGAGUUGGCCAGGAGAAUCAGGGAUGAAGAAAGUGCUAUUACAAGCCAAAUGGUUCAGAAGAUUACUGUUACUGGUCAAAGAGGAUCUGAGUUUCUGGGUAGGGUGGUGGAGAGCAAUCUUGCCAAUCAUUCUGGAGAACAAAGGAAAAUUAAGGAAGCGAAAGACGAUAGUAAGCAGAUCAAUGGACAAAGAAAUCACGUCAAUACGAGAAGUUUGGAGAGUGCCAUUGGUGGAAACUUCUCUGUUAUGGAUCACAGAAGAGUUGGACUUGCUUUGCCAGUGGAGAAAAAUGUUGAGAAGCCAAAGGAUGGGAAAGAGAAGAACAAGCACAAGGAUAGUAAUGGUAAGGGUGAUAAACCUAAGGAUAAUGAUCGAGAAAAGAAAAGCAAAUCAAAGGUUAAAGAUGAAGCUAAAGAAAAGAAAAAGGAGAAGAAAGCAAAGGAGAUAAGUGAACAUAGUAAACAGCAGCCUAGAUUGCAAGAAAACGGCAAGGAGUCCCUUGACUCUAGCAAUGCUAAGCAAUUUUACCUUUCAGAGACGAUCAAUAACAGUACUUUUGGUGAGGGAAAUCUUGGAAAACGUAAGGAGCUUCACAAAAAUGGACCUCUACUUGACAAUGGAAUUCGACCCCAUAAGUUGCUGAGACCUGUUUCAUCCUCUGAACGAGUCAUGGAAAAUGGAAGGAAAUUGGAACCUUGCCAAACUGAUAUUCCGUCAACUUCUGGGAGACAGGGGGCUGCCAGUAAUGGUAUAGUGGGCAUUAAGGAGCAUAGGCCUAAUGGUUUGGUGGAGCCUCAAAGACCCAAUGCAGGCUCAAUAAGGUCUUCAUCUACUACCGUACAGGUCAAUGAAAAUGGUGAAGCAUCUGCAAAACCACCUUUGGUAAGGCUUCAAAGACCGAAUGCAAAGCCUUCCCCUACUACGUUACAAGUUAAUGAUAAUGGCGAAGCUUUUUCAAAACCGCCACAUCCCGAUUCCAAAUACCUGAUUCAGAUACUUUCUAUACCAAAAGUGGAGGAUUUGUCUGAUAUUGACGACCAAGAAUGGCUGUUUAGCAGCAAUUGUCUGCUGUCAAAGGAAUCCAAGGCAGGUUCUCCUCAGGUUGAAGGGACACAACACGUGUGGGCGAAAGCUUUGCAGAUAGAGUCUGCUGAUGUUUAUGCUCUGCCAUAUGUCGUUCCCUAUUAAUCAAUAGAUGUAUAGAACUUACCCCUAUAUCAUUCCCUAGUGAAGCUGUUACACCAAUGUGCUUACCAAGGAGGUAUUCCAGCAUCUGGGUCCUGAGCCUAUCAGUUUGUUGCUGUUUUGUUUUGUUUUUUUAUUUUCUUCCCAUAUGGGUUCAUUUAAGGACCCUCUGUGUGGAUUUGUGCUUAUUUAUGAGAAUUGCAUUCAGGUUUGUAUGGAGGAAACCUUACCCAAGUGCACAGGAUAGGAGAAUAUGUUAAUUGGAAAUGCCACGAUGGGAGUUUUGUUAGCUUAGAUCUUAGAAAUCAAAUACAAACGAGUACCAUAGGGUUCCAAGGCCUGUUCACUCUUUUAACGAUUUUUUUGAUUUGUCUUAUGGUGUCAUUUGAUCAAAUGUAAGGAUGACGAUCAUAAGUAAAUUUGAAAUAGAGAGCAAAAGAAAGAGACCAUUUUGUUCA